AUGUCAAGUUCCUGGUACGUUCUGUCUCCCAACGGAAGGGCUUGCGCUGAUGUCGAUGAAUGUGCAACAAGCUCACAACUUGGAGGCCCUUGCAGUCAACUGUGCAUCAAUCUGAAAGGCACAUACAAAUGUCACUGCGCUCCCGGUUUCCUCCUGGAAUUUGAUGGUCACACGUGCAAAUCGGCUAAUCACGUUCCGUUGCUCAUGUAUUCCACUGACGGGGAGAUUCGGUACAUGGAAACGGAAGGUUUUCGGCAUAAUGAUCUCUUUACAGAAGGGAAACUGACCACGAUGACUGUAGGACUUGAUUGGAAGCAGAAUAAUAGCUUUGAAUCCAGCACGAUUUUCUACAGCGAUGCUGACCGAAAACAUACAAUCCGCUACGAAUCUACUCACGAACGGAGCGUUAUUCUCAAGAAUAUGGUCAUGCCGGAAAGCAUCGCAUUCGACUGGGUCAGCGAAAAUCUGUAUUACGUGGAUGCCGGGAAGCCGGAAACUGGAGUGUGUUCUGUCAGCAGGAAAGCAGUGCAUUGUGCUCCCGUGAUCGACGCUGAAAUUAAUAAUCCUCACGGACUGGCGGUUCAUCCAGGAAAACGUCUGCUGUCCUUCGCUCAGUGGGGAUCACGGCCGAAGAUCGAGCGCCCAUGGCUGGAUGGCAGUGCAAGGGUUGUUGUCAUUUCCCAGAAGGUGUUAUGGCCGAACGCUCUGGUAAUCGAUUAUAUCUGGGAUCGCUUAUAUUUUAUUGAUGCCCAGUUGGACUGGAUUGAAUGUGUAUCAUACAGCGGGGACGACCGGCGCACGGUUUUCCGCAUGGCAUUCUCGCAUCCUUUCGGCUUAACAAUGAUCGGCAAUCGUCUCUACUGGACAGAGUGGACGCACCGGGGCAUUUACAGUGUAUUGACCAACGGGAGCGAUUUCCAGCUAGUGCACGACAUGUCGAUGCGUCCGUUGGGAAUAGUGGCUGUGCAUCCAUCGCGGCAGCCCUAUUUCGAUUCUCCUUGCGAACCCGCUGUUAGUCUCUGCGACCAAAUAUGCCUGGCUCGUGUAGCGCAGUAUUACAAUUGCGUCUGUCAGAGUGGAUAUCAGCUGGUGAACGAUACAAAGUGUGUGCUCUUGGUCCCUUGGAUGAUCAUAUUCAGCGGGAAGCUUUGAUUUCGCUUAAUCAAGGAAAGUACAGCUAGUCCACCGUGGCCGGAAUCAUAAUGGCCUCUUUACAGAAGGGAAACUGGCCACCAUGACUGUAGGGCUAGACUUGAAGCCGACAUCUUGAUUUUUGAAUUUGUAAUUUCAUUUUUUGAUCUUAUUAGCUGUGAUUUUUUAGCUCUCAUCCUAUCAUGGUAGUGGUAUGUGAUCCUUUUUAUAAUUAUUUUGAACGCAGUAUCGUUU